AUGAAGUUCACUCAGGUCUUCGGUAUUGCCGCUCUUUUGGCCUCUGCGGCCUCUGCGCUCCCUUUGGUUCGCUCCACCAACAGCACUUCCUCUUCUUCUACGGGUGGUGGUGUGACCAUCAACAACAACAUGGACCAGACCAUCUAUCUGUGGUCCGUGUCUGAUGACUUCAACGCCCCGAUGGUGACCGUCCCCAAGGGUCAGAGCUACUCCGAGAACUGGCGCAUCAACCCCAACGGCGGUGGCAUCUCGAUCAAGAUGGCCACCACCCCCAGCCAGGCCGACGUCCUGCAGUUCGAGUACACCCUGGCCAACCCCACCAUCUUCUGGGACCUGUCUUGCAUCAACAUGGGCACCAACUCCUUGUUCACCAAGGUCGGCUUCGCUGUCACCUCCAACAACCCCCAGUGCGAGUCCGCCACCUGCGCUCCUGGCGACACGGCCUGCGCGGAUGCCUACCUCGUUCCGGACGACAACCAGGCCACUCGCGGCUGUGAUGCUGACACCCACUUGACUCUGAACAUUGGCAGCUCCAGCUCUUAA